CCGGGGGAGGGAGGGCAUCGCCCGCCCGCCCCGCCGGGAGAGAGCGCCGGGAGCCGCGCCGGGAGCCGCUCCGAGGCACCAUGCGGGCUGCGGGGCUGCUGCCGCUGCUGCCGCUGCUGCUGCUGCCGCUCGGUGUCAGCUCUCAGGAAAAUGCAGAUUCUGCAAGCCCAGGAACAAGCCUGUCCACCAUGACCACAGCAGCCACCACAGAGGCCACACCUGCAAGCACUGCAGAGACCUCACCAACCAGCACUGCAUCACCUACCACAGACCAAAUCACCACUGCCAGCACCACCAAGACUGAGGAAGCAGCAACUCAGCCAACUGUGGCAGAUUCCACCACUGCUCAAAGCAGCCCCACCACUACCGACCUGUUGGAGUCAUCGUCCCCCUCUACGCUGUCACCGAGCACAGCGGUCGCAACAUCGGGGACAGCAUCGCCUGCCACCAUGACCCUGUCCCACACACCAGGGCAGGACAGCCCCUCACAGAGCACCACCAUCCUCACAACCACCCCUGCUGCACAGCCCACUACUUCCCAGCAGCCCAGUGAUGCUACAACCACUUCAGGAAGCUCAGAGACCACCACUGCUGCAGAUCUUGCUGUCACUAAUGCAACCAGUCCUCCGGGAGCUGUAGGGGCUGUUGGCGCAUCCUCUCCCACCACACAGCCUCAGGGAAACCAGCCUUUGGGUCAUUUGCCUAACACCACUGUGAGCACCACAGUGCCGAGGACUGACACUUCCCAAAGCUCCAAGGACUGUCCCGUCUCUCCUCCCCCAUGUGAGACCAAGCAGCCAGCUUCUUCUUCCACUUCUCCAGUCCAGGGACCAACCCCUUCCACCAGUUCUGGAAGUGCUGGCACUUCUGUUACCCCUCUGACUGGAUCCCCGUCCCUCGCCACCACCUCAACAUUGCAAAACGGCAGCAGAGACACGGUCCCAGGGGCAGCCACCACGACAACUCCUGGGGCAGACCAGAGUACCCACGAUGCUGGAUCUGCACCAACCAAACCCACCAGUGCCUCCCAGAGCCCUGACAGUGCCCAGCCACCAGUUCCAGCCUCGGGGGACCAGGCAGAGAGCUGCAGUUCUGGCCACCAGCACCCCAACAUUUCUUACUCAAAUGAGUUCAUCUGUGAUGACCAGGUGCAACAUACCAGGCCCACCAUUCAGCUGAAAGAACCCAGAACCUGUGAUGAGUGGAGGACUGCCAGCAAAAACAUCUCCUUCUUUGAGAGCUUCUGCUCCACGGCCCAGCACGUGUUUGAUGCCAGCAGGGACCGGUGCACGGUGACGCUGAUGGCCUGCAAGCCCCGCUCCCACCAAUGGGCCGUGUGGGUGGUCCUGCACCAUCCCUUGGACUCUGAAGAAGUCCUCAAGGAGCUGAAGGAGAAGAAGGACAAGUUAGAGGAGCUCGGCAUCGUCAACAUCACCUCUGACAAAAUGGUGGAGGACAUGACCAUCAACGACGAGUUCAGCACCCCCCUGAUCAUCACCAUCAUCACCCUGGCCGGGUCCCUGCUGCUCGUCGCGGCCAUCUACGGCUGCCACCAGCGCUUCUCCCAAAAGAAGGACCAGAACAUCCACCCUGAUGUCCCCGGGUUUGAUGAUGGACAUGUGGCCCUGAUCUUUAAUCAGCGCCUGACUGAGGAGAUGCAGACCAUGGAGAACGGCUACCAUGACAACCCCACGCUGGAGGUGAUGGAGACCUCCUCCGAAAUGCAGGAGAAGAAGGUGAACCUCAACGGUGAGCUGGGGGACAGCUGGAUCGUUCCUCUGGACACCCUCAUGAAGGAGGACCUGGAGGAAGAGGAGGACACGCAUUUAUAGAAUGCAGAGCUUGAUCAAGAAAAGAACAACCACCCCCCCCCAAAAAAAAUCCCACAGACCCUAAACACACGCACACAGAGCUCCAAAAUAAGGCAAAAUUCCCCCCAAAAAGAAGAAAAUCCCUUAAUAAACUAAUCAUGGCCACUUGUGCCACCACAUGGGGUGCAGGAUGGAAGAGGAAAGGACAUGAGAACACCUCUGGAGCACAUCAACACAAGCCACUUUGGUGGCCACAUCUGGCUAAGCAUCCUCCAUCCCCCAUCCACCUCCCAAGCCAGAACUGACCAGCCAUGGGCAAACAGGGUGGCUUUGCUCCUGAAGAGCUGCUGGUGUCUCCUCCAAGCAUGUCCCCUCCCAUCCCAGAUCUGACCACACCAGCCGCAUCCUCCGGCUACUGAGCAACUCAAAAAUCAAGAGAAAGAAAGUAAAUAGGACUGGAGAUGGAGUGUGUCUGACAGCAAAGCAGCACCUGGCAAUUAACAGCUUGACAAAUCCUCUGGCCCACGCUGUUUAGUCAUCACCCUGCCCUCCCUGACACCAAGGUAGUGAAUGAAAAAAGCUGGAACAGCCUGUUCCUUUUUAAUCGGGUUUCCAUCCACUCCUCAGAGCUAAAACGCACAAGAGGCCCUCGUUGUGCCACAGGCAAAUGGAUGCAUCUGGACCCAGCAGGAUGGCAGGGAUGCAGCAGUGCCAAGUGAUGCUCAGCCCCGCUGCCAAGGGCUGUGGAACAGAUCCUGCACCCACGUGGAGACUGGGAGAGGUGCAGCAUCUUCUUGUUUUGAAAGGAUGAGAUGGAGGGAGAGGAAAAGGAGGAAUUCCUGGAGUUCAUCCCUGUUAGGAAGGGUGUGGAGAGCAAGAGCGAUGCCUGGUCUCUAGCCCAGGUGUGAUGUUGGGGGUUUUGUGGUGCAGGAGCCCAGCUGUGGUGCUGCAUUUCCCCACAGAAGGAUCACUUGCCUUCCAGGAGUUACACAGCAGCAUCUCACAGCCCUUAUCCAUCCUCCACAGGACUGUGGGACACACGCACCACGAUGGUUUGUGAUUUUUGAGGGCAUAUUUUCCUGUGUGAGCAGCAGAAGAGGUAAAAGAGCAGCAGAACGUGAGCCAGGGAGCUUGGUGGCAUUCAGGUGGCCCUUGGUGUUUCAUUCCCUCGAGGUUUAAAAGAUCAGCCCAUGUUCUCAAACUCUUCUUCACAAGCCACUAAAAUAACAGAGACCUUCAAAGCAACUUCCAGCUCAGCAGCGAAGCUGGGACUGAGCUUUUUCCUGCAGCCCUUGGUCUGCCACCCAGGUCUCCCUUUGCUGAAGCCUUUAAAGGGGAGAAGAAAAACAUGGCUGGACUGAGGCCAUUUCUGGGAUUUUGACUCCCCACCACAUCCCCUAAAUAGCUCUAAAAGGUUGGGGAGAGUUUUAUGCCUUUGCUCUGGUGAAGCAGCUCUGGCACAGGCAGGGAUCAUCCUCCUGCUGGGGUCCAUCCUCCAGGACAUGAGGCCCUGAAGGUCAUGUGGCUGAGUCCCUCUCCCAACGUGAGGAUGGUGCUUGUCCCAAACCCUCUGCAAGCCAGAGGAGCUGCAGAUAAGAGCGAUGCCCAAACAUGGCCCUUCUCCUCUGCUUGCCAUAAACCAAGGCACGACAGGGAGAUUUCCUUUGGGCUCUGCCACCAAGCCAACCCAACUGGGAUCUGCUCCCACAGCUGCCCUGAACGAGGGGAAAAGCAGAGCCAAGCAAUGGGAAGCUUGGAGAAACCCUGGUGGAGCUGGGAGUUCUCAGGAAGGAGGGGAUCGGGGUGUUUUGCUCAGCCCCAGGACAGGCACUGGCAGAAGAUACAAGUGGCUCUUCCCCCUUCUGUCCUGCACUGAAGGGCAGAGUCUGAAGUGUUCAAACCUUUAUAUUUUUGUAUGUAAAUAUUCCUGCUACUCAUUAGCAAUGUAUUCCGCACACUUCACUUACCUGUGCACUGCACUAUGGGGAAGUAAUUUUGGAGGGGAGGGGAAAUAACAAAAUAAAUUAUAAAAAAAAAAAAAUUAAAAAUCUUAAAAAUAAGAAAAAAAAAAAAAAAAAAAAAAAAAAAAAUAAAAAAAAAAAAAAAAUUAAAAAUCUUAAAAAAAAAAAAAAAAAAAAAAAAAAGAAAGAAAAAGCUAAAGGCCAGCCUGAUAGGGGAUUAAAAUUUGACAUGAAGCAGAAAAACACCUCUUGCCCAGAUAACUUUUUGCCACAGCUUUGUCCCUGUUCAAGUUCAGCUCUUUAAUGUGGACACGAGUCUCAGAACAUCCACAAUUACUCUUGUGAGCAUUGUGGCCUCCUGGCUGCCCUGACAGACAAGCAGCAGGUCCAUGGCCUCACAUUUCUGUCCUUCCCAGAAAACAAACACAGAGAGAACACAGGGCAGCAGUGACACUGUGGCCACCGGGGCUGGAGCUGCCACGAGGACACCCCUGGCAGGGCAUCUCCAGGCAGUCGGGCUUUGGCACGUGCCUCAAGAUUCCCCCUUCCCAACAAAGAGAUGCCAAAGUGCUUUAAUGAGUCAGGUCCAAAGACUUUCCAAGAAAACCCUACAGAGGCUUGAGAUCAAGUAACCUUAAAUCUUUCCGAGCAGAGACCAGUGAGGAUAUUAACUGCUCAGCAAGUGCUUAUAGUGAUUUAUAUUUGAAUAGGAAUUGUACAUUUAUUUAUUUUUCCAGACACCAUAUUUUUAAACCACUAAUAUUUUAUAGUAGAUUUUCCUUCCCCUAUUUAAAAGAACUAUUUCCACAGGAAAAGAAAACAGUACUUUUUUCUUUUUUUUUUUAAUGUUGAGAACAUUCUUUUUUUGGAAAAAUAAAAAAAAUCAGGUAGGAAAUGCAGCAAUGAGCAUCUUUGGCCUUAACCCUUCCCUUCGUAGACUGUAGCCAUAAUUGUUAGACCAAAAAGAAUUAAAAAAAAAAUAAAUUACCGAGGCAUUUCCUUCCUCCCUGCCCCUCCUCCCUUCCCUGCACUCCUCUUCUCUCCCCCAAAACAGCUUUAACAUCCCACACAUUGUACAAAGAGAUUCCUGCUCUUACCUUUCGGCGAGAGCUUUACUCAGAUGUCCUUGCAAGAGACUUUUCUAUUUUCAGAUUCACGAGGAAAUGUGUAAAUACUUUUAGGAGCAUUUUAUCUCCCGCUCACAGUGCCAUGACCCAGCUGAUGAGGUUGAUACUGUGACUGCUGCCUACAGAAGACACACAGGUCAGAAUCCAUGAGGGACUGGAGAAGGAAAACCUAAUUCCCCAGGUGGUUACCUGUUGAACCUUGCGCAUGUAGUAGGGCUCUUACUGCGUAGCAGCAUCUCUCAUGGGGACAGGAGUCUGAUUUACACUGGAAUUUACUGAGGAACUGGAUUGUAAGAGAUUAUUCUUGCAUUUUCCUACAAAUAUAUUUUGAGAGCAUCAUGUAUUUCUGUCAAUAAACAUUCUUACUUAAAAGA